AUGAGCGUCCCGGGACGACAGAAAAAUAGUGAUGAUAAUGUUGUGCCAAUCUGUUGUAAAUGUGAAGCUACAAAGAGGCGUGAAAGCGUAUUUGGAUAUUGCAAAAACUGUCAAAUUCACCUAUGUAGUAAAUGUUAUCGAUGCCAUAAAACGGAUAAAAGUUCAGUCUAUCAUGACAUGGAAAAGACGACUCCUAUUCCAGCUAAGGAUCCUUUACCAAAAUGUCCACAGCAUGAAGAUGAAGAAUUGAAAUAUCACUGUCGCAGACAUGAUGAAAUAGGAUGUAUUGCAUGCAUGUUGUCACAUAAGAGUUGCGAAACGGAUUAUAUCCCUGAUAUAUCGGUACAGUACGCUUCAUUAGACGAGUAUAUAGACUUAGAGGUCAGUAUGCAGAGUCUCAAUGAAAGGUUGUCUCAAAAUUUGAAAAAAGUUAAAGAAAACUUAUUGCUCAGUGAAACAGCAUUUCAGAUUACUACUGAUGCAAUUAAAGCAAGAAAAAUAGAACUCAUCGAGUACAUAAACGAACAAGAACAGAAAGUUCGCAACGAAGCUGAGGCGUACAUAAAAGAAACUAAACAUGCUGCCAAAGUAACGGUCAAACAUUUGGAAAGGAUGUAUGAAAUUUCUGCAAGAAAUCUUGUUAACGACAUGUCAUAUCUCACAACUACAAAAGAUAUCAAAGAUGACACCAUCUUUGGCAAAGUAGUUAUUGAAAAUUUGAAACAAAGACAAUAUAGCUCACCAGAAUUAUUGGACAAUAGGGAAUCAACUCAGGUUAAUAUCAAGUCCGAAAGUGACAAGAAGGUGUGCUAUGCAACUGGACUAGCAUUUCUAUCGGCUGAUCAUCUCGCUAUAGCAGACAAAGCCAAUAAAAAUGUGAAAAUUGUGGAUGUAUCUCACGACAAGAUUGUUUCUCACAUUGAGUUAACAUCGUCUGCCCGAGAUAUAACGGUAAUACCACCGGACCAGCUUGCCGUGACACUUAGAGAUGAAGAACGUAUUCAGCUGUUGACAACGUUGAAAGGGUUGACAAAAACAGAACAAAUACAAACAAAUGGAAAUUGCCGAGGAAUAAAACAUGAUGACGGGAAACUUAUUGUGGCCUUUGACGGUAUGGUGCGACCAAAAAUAGAAAUCUUAAGACUUAACGGAGAUGUACUGUGUACUUUCCAACUGAAUGAGUCUGGGUCUAUGAUAUUCAGUGAACCAAAAUGUAUAGGUUUGAGUCCAGAUAGCAGUCGAAUGUAUGUUUCAGAUUUAAGUAAAAUGUGUAUCUUUAACUUGUCUAGAUUGGGAAAUGUAAAUGGCACCUUCGGUCGGCAUAGGUACAUGGGUGUUGCUGUUAGCGCAGGCGGCUCUGUAUACGCCUGCUCAAAGUCAAGUAACUCAGUAUACCAGAUGCAAGACGAUCUGUCAAACGAUGAAGCAGUGUUGACGAUCAUUGACGGUAUUAAAGCACCAAUAGCUCUUGCUAUUUCUAAUACAAGGAACAUGUUAUAUGUGAGUUGUGGGAGCAAUGAUGCUGAUGUCUCUAACAAAUUACACGUGUUUAAGAUUAAACAUAAAAACGAGAACACCUCAAUAGAUAUUAGUUCAGAAAUAGCAUAA